GGGGACUAUCUUGCGGGUCAGUCUCUCUGUUAUCUCUUUGCCUGUCUGCCCGUUACUGUACUGGAGAUGCCAAGAUGGCUGCAAGCAAUUACUUCGGCUUCACACAUGGUGCCGGUCCGCAGUACAGUGCCCAGCCUCCCCCUGCAUACUCCCACCCCUCCACAGCGGCCUACAGCGUGCAGCAGCCCCCCGCUGUGGCUCAUGCGGUGACGGCCUCCUACUCUCCCGCUCCGGUGCAGGCGGCCCGGCCGGUGGUCACGGCUCCGUACCCGACCUACCAGACCCACCAGGCCCCCCCUGACUACGCCUACAGGCAGCCAGAGCCACCGGCCCCCCCGCAGCCCACCACCACCCCACAGACGUACCAGGUCUACCCGGACGCGCAGGACAACUACAGCUACGGUCGUCCGGCCGCCGUCACCACCUACGACAACAAGCAGUACUACCAGACGAGUAUACCUGCCGCUCAGAGGACACACACGGAGAACUACUACCAGACAGUGGGAGUAAAGAGCGCCUACAGUCCGGCCCCCUCCACUGUGUACAGCCAGCCCCCCCCUCCCCAGAGGCAGGUGACGGCCCUGAAGCCUCUGGCCCCGUCCGUCUCCACCAGCUACAACAUCUACCCGGUGUCCACCAGCGUGCAGCAGCCGCCCACCCCCAUCUCCUCCUACACCCUCGGGUCAUCCUUCCCCUCCACUGUGGCCGCCACCACCUACUCAGGCAUCAGCUACUCCAGCUACGACUCAACCGGCUACACCUCCACCCCCACACCCUCCUAUUACCAGCCGGCGCAGCAGACCGUCACCCAGCCGCAGCCCCUGCCCCAGCAGCAUCAGCAGCAGCAGCAGCCCCCCCCCCUGCAGGCGCCUCACAAACAGCUGACCAGCUCCUCCUGGAGCAACUCAGGCAGCAACAUGGUGACGGCCCCCACCGUGAACACCUACAAGAAGCCCAACUACCACCUGCACCAGAGCAAGCUGCAGAAGCCCAAAGGCCCCCCCAAGCAGCCGCAGCUCCACUACUGCGACAUCUGCAAGAUCAGCUGUGCCGGCCCCCAGACGUAUCGGGAGCACCUGGAGGGCCAGAAGCACAAGAAGAAGGAGGCAGCGCUUAAGUCUGGGGGUCAGACGGGGGCCAACAACGGGCCCCGAGGAGUCCAGACUCAGUUGCGCUGCGAGCUGUGUGACGUCGCCUGCACCGGCGUGGACGCUUACGCCGCCCACAUCCGCGGCGCCAAACACCAGAAGGUGGUGAAACUUCACACCAAGCUGGGCAAACCCAUCCCCUCCACUGAGCCGGUGUUGGUGAAUUCAGCUGCAGUUCUCAGCACCUCGACAGCUGGGAAACCCCCCCCUGUCUCCACAGCCUCUGCUGCCCCCCCAGUCUCCAGCACUCCUGCCCCCCCGGCACCCUCCAGACAGGUGGCUGUGAACUCUGCAGGCAAAACCACCACAGCAGCCCCACCCGUCAAGAGGCCGGCUCCUUCCAAGAUCUCUGUCAUCUCCAAUAAGCCGGUCAGCGCUGUAGCGGCUCCUCCGGCGGUGGUUGUUGCGAAGGUGGAGGAGCCUGUGGCCCCGUCCGUUCAGAGGGUGGAGCCUCAGAGUGACGAUGAGGACGGGGACAGAGCUGGAGGACAGGGGGACAUCCAGCCCGUAGGACACGACUACGUAGAGGAGGUCCGAAACGAUGACGGCAAAGUGAUCCGGUUCCACUGUAAGCUGUGUGAGUGCAGCUUCAACGACCCCAACGCUAAAGACAUGCACCUGAAGGGGAGGAGGCACCGACUCCAGUACAAGAAGAAGGUGAACCCCGAGCUCCCGGUGGAGAUAAAGCCCAGUAACCGGGCCCGGAAGCUGCAGGAGAGCAAGCUGAAGAAGCAGAAGCAGAAGGCGGUGCUGAAGAGGCAGCGGGACGACGAGCAGCGCUGGCACAUGGAGAUGAGGCGGUACGAGGAGGACAUGUACUGGAGGAGGAUGGAGGAGGAGCAGAUGUACUGGGGGGAGCAGAGACGCAGGAUGGCCCCCCCGCCGCUGAUGAGUCGACCUGGUAUGCCGGUACCCCCCCCUACUGGUGAGCGCUAAUACUGCUUAACGUGUGUGCGUCGGCCGGACUCCCCCGAUGAUCGGCACAUCAUGGCCAAACACUCGACAAUCUACCCGGUGGAGGAGGAGCUGCAGGCGGUGCAGAGGAUCGUCUCUCACUCUGAGCGGGCGCUGAAGCUGGUGUCCGACUCGCUGCUGGAGAAGGACGAGGCUCCGGCUGUGGAGACCGACGUUCCCGAGGGGGGAGACGAGAAAGGCACGGAGAACUCGGCUCGGCUGCUGAAGGGAGUGAUGAGGGUGGGCAUCCUGGCUAAAGGCCUGCUGCUUCGCGGGGACAGAAACGUGGAGCUCAUCCUGCUGGCGGCGAAGAAACCCACCGUCACUCUGCUGAAGAACAUCGCCAAGCAUCUGCCCAAAGAGCUGCAGACAUUUUCUGAAGAUCAGUAUGAGGUGCAGGCUCACCCCGAGGAGGCCAACAUCGUGAUAUUUUCAAGCAAGGAGCCCAAAAUGCAGGUGACCAUUUCUCUCACCUCGCCGCUGAUGAGGGAGGACUCUGCUUCUGAGAAGGACAAGCAGGCAGGAGGAAAAGCGGCUGAGAAAGGUGUGGCAGAGAAGGAGCCCACUGAUCUGCUGAACAAGAGGAAGUGUCUGGAAAACCUCGCUUCUCUCCGCCACGCGAAGUGGUUUCAGGCUCGGGCUAACGGGCUGCAGUCCUGUGUGAUCAUCAUCAGAGUGCUGAGGGAUCUGUGUCAGAGAGUUCCCACCUGGGGGAAGAUGCCCGGCUGGGCGAUGGAGCUGCUGGUAGAGAAGGUGAUCAGCAGCGCUGCAGGUCCUCUCAGCCCCGGGGAGGCGAUGCGUCGAGUCCUGGAGAGCAUCUCCACUGGCAUCCUGCUGCCAGACGGCCCGGGGCUGAUGGACCCCUGUGAGAAAGACACGACGGACGCUCUGGAGACCAUGAUGCUUCAGGCCAGAGAGGACAUCACAGCCAGCGCACAGCACGCUCUGCGGCUGCUCGCUUUCCGGCAGAUCCACAAAGUCCUGGGCAUGGAGUCUCUGCCGGCGUCGAAGGCCAGCGCCCGAAACCGGAAGCGCCGACGGGACGGCAGCGAGGCGGGGGAGGGCGAGGGAGAGGGCAAGAAGGACAAGAAGGAAGACGCUGAGAGCGCUUGACCCGAGUCCUAGUGUAGAGACUGGUAGAAUGUCAGGACUUCUCCUAAUCAAUGUUAACACUCAGCCACACACACACACACACACACACACACACACACACACACAUAUAUAACUGACAGAAGACAGGAAGUGACUGACAGACCUGUAGAGAAGUCCUUCUGUGUGCCGAGAUAAAUCCUGACCUGAUUGCAUCAUUCCAUUUCAGAAUAACUGCACACACUAAUUACUGUUCAUUUACACACUCUGAACACAUGUUAUAUCGAUCUACGUGAGGUUUAAACCAUCCGCACCUUCAGAAUACCUGACGUCUGGUGCACGACGUGUCCGCUAAUCAAAACCAGUAAUAAGAUCAGCUUUGAAACUGUGAGAAAACCCUACAGACGGAUGCAGUGCUGGGAUUUAACGGUGCCUGCAAUGACACCCACUCAGAACUAAAAACUCUGGCUUUUUUCUUGGAAAUGUUGUGAAAUGUAAAGUCUCUGCAUCACGUCUUUUUAAAGGAGUUACACUAAUUUAACUUCCCCUUUUUAGAAACACGUCAGUGAGUUUGUUUUUGUUGAGAAAGAAAGGAGGUCACACUGGAGGAGAGGAGGAAGUGGCGUGUUGCACAGUCUGUAGCAUGCUGGGGGAAUGAAGCACUUAAAGAAAUGACGUUACUGUCCGAGCCGUAGGGUUUUCGUUUGAAUUAUAUGCCUAGUAAUCUUUUUUCUUCCAGAGGAGAGAGAGGAGCUUUAGCCCGACUGAAUAUCUACUGUAAUGAUCAAGUAGUCCUUCUUCCUCGUGCUUGCAUCUUGUAGUGUGUCACACCGUGAGGGGAACAUGUGGCGUGUUAUUAUUGUGCUAUGAUUUCACUCACAGAUGCAGGACGCAGGGAAGCGACAGUUGCACAACUCUUUGGCUUAAAAGUUGAGAGAAUCGUUUUAUUUUCGUGCCGUUUUUAGUUUGAUUUUUCAUUUAUCGAGAGCAUCGUAUAUCCAAGUAUCGCUUAUUUUAUUUCCGAAGGAUGGGUGAGAUCCGUUUUGUAUCGUUUAAAGGAAAGUGUGAACGUUUGCCGUCUUUAUUUGAAUGUCUUUGUAGUAUUGCCUCAAGAACCAUGGAGAGAUAUUAAAACACUUUUAAGCCA